CCAGUACAGCAGCUACCAAGAACAAACCUAUGGAUCACCGGACACCGAUUUUCUUUUACUUUGAGCGCCAAAAUCCACGAUUAUCUGCGCAAUUGGUGGAUUGUUUCAAAAAUAUCGUAAAAUUUGUAUUACCUUUCAUAUUAACAUUGUUUGUUUAAAUAUUAUUGUUUAAGUUUUUAAUUAGGAUAUUUGUUCGUUUGUGUAUGGCUUGUGCAAUUUACUCAAGAGUUUUAAAAUUGAUGAAGGUUAUAUCGAGAAAAUGUCUUCGUACAUAUUAAUUAAAUGUAUUAAUUAUUAAAAUAAAUAGUACUGAUAGAGUAAUACUGAUAGCACAAUGGAUUUCGCGGCCACACAAAUUUAUGAGACUGAUGAUCUUUCAUUUACUCAAAAAAUUUCAAACGAAGUAGAAGAGGAAGGAUCGAUCCAGGUUGGAACAUUAACCAUUGAUUCCACUGACUAUCAAAUUAAAAAAGGAAUUAUAAAAAUUGGUAGACUCAAAAGCUGCGACAUUGUUAUUAACAAUCCAUCAGUGUCAAAACUACAUGCAGAAAUUGAAGCCAGCGGAGGCCAAGGAUUAACCUGGAUUUGUGAUCUAAAUUCUUCUAAUAAGACAAAACUUAAUGAUACAAUAUUACGACCAACUCGUUUGUAUGAACUAAAGGAUGGAAAUGUUCUUACAUUUGGUGUGGUGUCUGCUACUUAUCAUACAUAUUGUCCAGCUGACAUAAUGAUACCGGAAACGCCUGCACUAUCACGGCAAAAAAUUGUGAAUACAAUUAUCCCAAAUACCCCAGACUCUUCUCUUAAUAAUUCAUCCAGUGUGGAUGAUGAUGGAUCAAUUAUUCUUGGAACUCAGAAAGAUAAUGAAAAUUGCGUCUUUCGACAGCCACGAGUUCCGCAACAAUCGACAGGCAUCAAAAAGAGCACAUUAUCUAGGUCUUCCCUGAAUAAAAGCAAGGAUUCGCAAAUUGCAACUAUGUUACACACGUCUGAUACUAACAUUAAUGAUAAUCAAAUGAAUAUAUUUGAUGCAGAAACACAAAAGUUUGAGGAGAGUUGCGAAAUGAUACCAAAUUCCAUUCAUAAUAUGGAAACACAAAGAAUCUCCAAAAGUAUAUCUGAACGUAUUGUUGAAGUCGGUGUUAAAGCUGACAAACAUUUGUCAAAAUUAAAUAUUAGCGAUAAAACAGCUGGCAGAUCUAUAAUGGAUAUUCAUGAUAGAGAAACACAAAAUUAUAUGGACAAUGUUAGUGAAAUGGAGACUCAAGGGAUUGAUAUUCAAAAUGUAAUUGAGAAGAAGUUUACGGCAGAUAUUCAUACCAUGGAAACGCAAGCUCAUGCUAAUAAUAAGAAUGAUGGCAGCAACGUUCAAAAAUUUGAAAUCGGCAGAGCUCAAAUUAAGCGUAAUAUUCAUGAUUUAGAGACACAACAGUUUAAUAAUGAGUAUAUUGCAGAAGAUAUUUCUAACUUGGAAACUCAAGGUGAAUUAAACAACGUUGCAAAACGCAAACAAAAUAGAGAUAUAUCCGACAUGGAAACUCAAGUCGAGACGGAUUGUACAGUAAAUAAAAUUGAUAAUAAUCGAGUCAACAAGAAUAAAGAUAAAGAAGAUGUAGUGGAUAUCGCUAAGGACAAUACGAAUGAUGAGAACGUUACGAAAUCAUCGAAAUCCAGAUCCUGUAGUCCUGGAUCUUUAAAUUUAUCCUCACCGGGUGUCGAAGACUACCCUUCUUCGCCAUUAAAUCAGAGCAGUCAUUUGCUUGAGUCGUCGGAUUUAUUAGAGUUUUUUGGUGAGGGCAUUGAUAAACACGAAGGAUUGCAAGUGUCUAAUGUGUCUACGCCGAAACCACUUACGAAAGUAUCAUUGAAAAAUAAUAGCGAUGAGCGGAACAUGAACAACGAAGAGGACAACGACGAAGAUAUUUUUGAAGCUCCCACUCAAUGCGUCAAUGCAAAUUUCAAAUCUUUAAUGUCGGGUGAUUAUAAGACCGAUGAGGAAGCACUUGUUUUGAAAAAGAAGUGCGAAAGAGCUCGAUUGGAAUCAGUCGACAAUGAUUCAGACACGGAUGCAGAGGAAUACGUUGCAGAACUUGCUAAAAAGCAGAGUGAAUCUUUAAAAACUUUAAAUAAGCUAUCUAAUGAAGAUAUAAAUAAUAGUGACCCUGGCACGAGUGUCGAAUCUGAAAAUAUGUUUGAGCUACAAACGCAACGAUUGAAAAAUCCUGUAACUAAGAGUACAUCGAAGUCUUCGAAUAAUCAACCACAAAAAACUAACGAAAUUAAUGAGACUGUUGAGAUAACAGCUAAUAAAAUUAUAAGCAAUGUUGGCAAUCAAGUAAAUACGUCUGUGCCAGAAGUUGAUAACAUAGCGCCUACUCAACUCAUUUUAUCUCGUGAAAGUUCUCCGAAAACGAUAAUCCAUUCUGAAAACUUUGUAUCUAAAAGUAAUCGGAAUGAUACGGAUGCUAUAAUAACCACGCACAUUGAUACAAAAUUAAUCGAUAAUUGUACAAUGAAAAACCUUGAUCGUGAAGAUUACGAAUUUGCACCUACACAAAUAAUCGGUGAAAUUGAAGAAAAAAGAAAUUCCAUUCGUAAAAAACGUUCUUCUCGGGUGAAUUUAAAUGAUACUGUUGAACGAGAACUCAAUGAAAUGUUUGACGAUGUAAAUAACGAUACGAACAACAUUCAUGAGUCACCGCAUAUGUCAACGCAAUAUCUCGAAAAUAUUCUGGAAUCGUCGCAACAUGAUGACUCUGCUUAUAAAUCCGUUGCAACUGUCCCUGAUAAUAGAGAUACAAGUAGCAUGUCACAAAAACAGUUAGGGGAAAAAAAUCAUUCUCGUCGUCAUUCUCAACGUUCAUAUACGAAUAAGGCAGAGAUUGAUUCGCAAGAUUCAAACGUUUAUUUUUCUACUAUUACUACGAGACGAAAGAGAAAUAUUUUGAGAGAUACGCAAGAGCUUGCAGAUUUCGGUGAAGAUACAACUUCUUUGUGUCAGGUUAAUUCUUCGCAGGUGUUUAAAACGCAUAAGAAAACAGUGGAUAACACUACAGUUAUAGAAUUUCAAGAGAAGAAAAAAAGAAAAAAAAUCUCAAAGAUAGAAAAUAAAUCCGAUGCAAUGGUGGAAUUAAACGACGAUAACACAAGUAAAACCGUCUUGAACGAGAGAAGUCUUCGAAGUUCAAAAUUGAAACAAAAAGACGAAGUUGUUUCGGAAACGAACGACCGAGUUUUAGGAAGAAAAUCAGCCAAAGUCGAUGAUACAGAAGAGAACAUGUCGAUUUGCACACCUUGCCCACUGGGUUAUGGACAACGUGCGCAAACGUUGGAUACGUUGUAUGAGAUUGACGAUGACAUUCUGACACGCUUACCUGCGGUCAGAAUAUCGGGAACACUCUCAAAUCCACCGAGUCCUUCUGCGUCAUCGACGUCGACUGUGCGUAGCACAGAUCUAAAAUCUAAAUUAGAUACUAUGAAAAGUAAAGAGAAAAAAAGUGCAUCCUCGAAAGGAAAAUCACUACGUGAACGGAAUAUUGGGAACUCUGAGAAAAACGAUAAGUCUUUCGUUGAUAAUUCAAAUCUUCUGUCUUCAACGACUGACAAGGUGUCAAAUUUCGUGGAUACUUCUGAUGAUUCCGACAGCGAAUCUAAAUAUAAACGAUUUCGACAAAUAGCAAACAGAAUGUUGAGUAAUGAGCUCGGUCAGCAGAAUAAAAAAAAUAAGAAGAAUGCAUGUGUUUCACAAGAAGAAUCGAACCAGGUCGAAUCGGAAAGUUCUACACGAACUAGUUUAAGAAUGACAGGACAUUCCAGUAAACAAAGCAACGAGAGCCUACGUGAUAAUCAAGAAGAAGCUCGUGUGAAAAGUACAGCUAAUGGACCAAUUACAUCUACAAAGUUAGAAAUAAAAUCUAAUGUCACUAAAAGAAAAGUAGUUCUGAAUGUGAUGGAAGAAGACAUAGAGCUAACUACUUUGAAGAAACGUAAAACAACUUCUCAAGUCAUUGAGAAAUGUUCGGUUUCUACACGCAGUCAAAGAAAUGUGGUGAAGACCGUAACCGACAGACAGUCCCCGAAUAUCCUUGAGUAUUUUACUAAAAAUUAUAGAGAUUCCGCGAUGAUUCAAAAUACGAAAUCUUUCGAAGAUAAUAAGAUAUCUAAGAUUGCAUUGGAAAAAACUCAACAGAUUUCUUUAAAUAUGAGAACAGAUGCAAAUAUCAAUCCUAGAGACUCUAAUAUUAAACGAACCAGACGUACGAUUUAUGACAGUCAAAUUACAAUCAACAAUACAAUUGCGAGUGGAAAUAAAAAAAAAAAUAAGCCGGCUCAAAUAAAAGGAAUAGAAACUCAAAUGAGUCGAACGCAAAACAAGAUUCCAAGAGUUGUGCUCAGUCCCAUAAAGAGUCCUAUGGAAGAUGCAUCGCAGGAAGUCGAGAGAAUUAUGGCGGAUGGCCCGAGUAACGCACAGGAUAGGAAUUUAUCGAUCAGAAAAAUUAAUAAGGCGAUAAUAUUUCAAAAGAAAUUACGGACGCGAGGUGGCGAACGGUCCAAUUCGGACACCGAAACGGAUUCUGUUUCAACUGAGAGUGGUACGUUUGAGGUAGGAAAUUCGAAUAAUACUCAAUUUGACAAUCCUGCGCCGAAACGUAAACGCGGAAGACCCGCAAAAAGUUUCGUCUCUUCACUGUCAGAAGCACAAAUAAAAAAGAAGGAAACAUUUAAAAAACCUACUCGCCUCGAUCAAACUUCUGCCAGUUCAAUUCUUAAUUUGUCCAUGGAAAAUAUGAUUAGUGAGAGUAGUCAAGAUAGUACGGAAAGUGACGCUUCGACAAGCUCCAGAUUUUCAAAGAUAACAAGUGCCAGAAGAAAGGAGAAGACAAAGUUGAACCAAAAUACACGAUCAAAUGGUGCCUCUUCAAGUCUAAAUACGAGUGUAGAGAGUACCUCAUCUCUUCUUUCAACGCCUUCCAGGACGCGCAAAAGUACGUCUAUUUUGAGUAAUUCCAUACCAUCCACAAUGAGACACAAAAUUUUGUUUACGGGUAUAACGGAAGAUUACAGUAAGACUGUUAAAGCAUUAGGUGGAAACAAAGUGGAAGAUCCAGCAAAGUGCACAAUUUUAGUUACUGACAAAAUUCGCCGAACAUAUAAAUUUUUAUGCGCUUUAGCAAAGGGUGUACCCAUAGUGGCAAUUGAUUGGUUAAGAGAUAGCGAAACAGCUGAGCGGUUUCUAGAUUGGGAAAAUUACAUAUUAAAGGAUCCUGCUGCUGAAGCCAAGUUUGGUUUCAGACUGAGGAAGAGUCUUGAUAAAGCUAAAGAGAAAAGAAUGUUGGAUGGUUACACUGUCGUAUUGAUGCCAAACAUCGCGCCACCACCUAUAGAAGAAUUGAAAGAUAUGAUAUCGUCUUGUGGAGGAAAAGCUCUGUUACGUCCUCCGACCAAGUGGCCUGAACGAGCGGUGAUUUUAUCUCGUGAGGAAGAUUUGCCAAAUGCAAGAAAGUUUCUUGCUAAAGCAUCGAAGACCGUUACAAUACAAUCUACAGAGUUUAUCCUGACCGGUAUCUUAAGACAGGAAACUGAUUUCAACAAAUACAUUUUAACGUAAUAACACAUUGCUUUUGAUAAGUUAUGUUUCACUGAUAUCUUCAGCAGUUAAGUUAUCUUGGUUAUUAAUUCAAGGAUUAAUCUAUACACAUUUCCAGUAAAACAAAUGUAAUGAGCUCUUAAAACUUCUAUUAUAUUUUUAAAACAUUUAAGUAAAUCUAUUUUAUUCAUUAAGUAAGUUUCAUGUAUUAAGUUUGGAUUAUAAAUUAUUGUAUUUAUACAUAUGCUGAAGUGACAUAUAUAUUAAAUACAAGAAAAUUCGAGUUUGAUAAAAA